AUGCCAUCAAGUAAUUGGAUGAUUUCAGGUGGUACUUCUCUUUGCAUUACUUUUCAUUUUGAUUUAAGAUUAUCAAAUCUUCUUUUCAACUCUAUUUAUCCAAAAGUUCAACAAAAUGAAAGUUAUUUUUCUCUCACAGAAUCUGAAUUUUUAACAUGUUUGUCUCACAACCUGCACGUAGAUAUUAAAGUGUUUCAAGGAGAACGUAGAGUUACAAGAAAGAAUAAAAAGUUAGGAGAAUUUAAAUUGGUUGGAAUUCCACCAGCAAAGAAGGGAGUAGCAAAAAUUGAAGUUACAUUUGACAUUGAUGUCAAUGGAAUAGUAAAAGUCUCUGCACUUGACAAAGGAACAGGAAAGAAAACAGGGAUUCAAGUCAAAAGUAAUGGUGGAUUGAAUGAAGAAGAAAUCAAUCGACUAGUUAAGGAAGGAGAAGAACAUGCUGCAGAAGACAAGAGAAAAGAGCAAUUACUUCUUCACAGACAACGAUUAAAAGAAAUGAUAGAGAGUGCAGAAGACAUUCAAAAAGAGUUAUUAAAGAAAAAGAUUGAAACACGUGAAUUAGAAAGAGUUAUUAAUCAAUCCAAAAAGGUUAUUACAUCAGAAGAUGAAAAUGAAAUUAAAAGAUUGAUUGAACAAUUAGGAGAAGAAACAUCAAAUUCUUCUGCUAAAUUAUAUAAUUAA